AUGCAUGUGCGCACAUCAUACCUUCGCAUCGGCACCGGCAACGGCAACCGGCUCUAUACCUAUACUGCGCAAAAGCUUUCAGCAUCAGACACCAAGAGAGAUCAGGAAGGUGAACAUCCGUCGUCCAAUUCCUCAAAAGCCGAAAAUAACAAACAACAAUCAAAGUCGAAAAUGACCCAGAGCGUCGCCCAGGCUGAUGCAGAGCUUCGUGAGCGCCUUGAGCAAAUGUCUGGUGAAGGUGGAGCUGCUGGGAUCGAAUACGAAGAUGGCAAGCCAAGUGCCAUGAAGCGCAGUGUGCGAAACAACAUGUUCCGAUAUAUCUGA